CAUGGCAGAUCAAUCAUAAGCUGAAUAUUUGAACUUAAAAGUUAAAUCUUAAGAUGGAGAAGAGGUUUUCUUUAAAAUAAAGAAAUAAACUCAAUUCAAGAAAUUGAUGGAUGCUUAUUGUUCAAGACAAAAUGUAAUUAUGAACUAAAUAUUUUAGCUUCAAAUCUAAAAUGUGAGAUUCUUAUUUGAUGGAGAAAGAAUUUUAGAGACUCAAACCCCUGCUGAUGUUUGAAUUAUAUAAUAUUAAUUAGAUUGGAAUGGAGACUGGAGAUGAAAUUGAUGUUGUUAUUGAGCAAGUGGGAGGUAUGAAAUUUUUAUGAA